GAUCGCAAUCAACGAAUGCUAAGGGACCUUGUCAACUGUUGUCUGAAGUUGUUCAUAUAGAAAUCUUCCUUCUCUUCUAAAUUAGCUAUAUUUGUAGGUGCAUAUAUGUGAAUUGAGAUCUAGUUUGUGACAUCGAUUGUAAUCAUCCAUUUGUAAAAUUGCGUACGGUAUGGCUACCAACAAGUUCAUCCUUCAGUCUGCAUUACUAUUGUGUUUUAGCUGUCUUAUACAAGGAAAUGAACUGGUAUAUUUCUGUCAAUCAAAUCCUGUAGUAAUCACGUGUAAUAUAAAUUUGGUCAAAACAGCCGUAUUAUACUGGUACCACAAUGAUGCAAAUAAGCCUGUUGCCUCGUACAUAUUUUCUGAUAAUAGUUCUUGGCCAGAUGACGAAGUUUCGUCGUAUUUCCCUAUAACAAAUAAACUUUAUAUAAGACCUACAGCAGUUGAAGAGGGAGACAUCUUGAUUUGUCACACUCCUCAUGGCAGGAAAAACACUAAGGAAUUCAUUUUACAUCAGUUCAAAACACCCCAUACAACUUUGAACUGUCCAGAAGGUCCUUUUGACAGGGGAACUGCAGUAAAACUAAAAUGUAUAGCUAGUGGAUUCUAUCCUAACGGUUCCAUUAAAAUCUCUUGGUCUACCAACGAAGAGUUCUAUAUGGAAACCCAAGAGAAUAUUAGUAAAGGCAUCAAUGACUGGUUUGACUUGAGCUCAGAGGUUUCAUUCCAACUAUUGGCUAGUCUUAACGUAACAUGUAUUCUACAUGGAUCAGCAAUGUGCACAGGAAAUGUAACAACGACCUGUAGCGUAAUGAUCACAGAUCCAGUUAAAAAAAAGAAAUUCAUAUACAUUAUUUUGGUUAUCGUUGUGAUAGUUGUAGUUAUCUUCGUAGCGUUAUGUCGUCGGUACCGCAGAGCAAAGCUCAUCAUUGAAAUGUUUCGCCAAAAAUUUUUGUCUAGUGAUGGAGUUCAAAUUCCAUCCGGAGAGAAUGAUGAUAGUGAUGAAAGCCCGCCAAUUGUUUAUUACAACGUUUGAUAUGAAAUGAUAUUAGAGGGUAAUUAUACAUUUUAUUGAUAUAAGCGUUUUAUUAAUGGUUUAUUUGUGUCUUAAAUAUUGUACGGAUGGAAGGGUGGGAAAGUGCGACGCUUCCAACUUAUCGUAGGUCACUUGAUAUACAGGAGCGCUCUUUAUUACAUGAAAAAAAAAAUGUUGAUAAAUUUAUAAUCUAAAUCUCUUUACUGCGGCUCGCUGAAUAUAGCGAUGUGUUUUAGUAAUUUAAAACAAAUUCAGUGCUGUUGAUGUGUUUAAUUUAAUUUAAUUUAAAAAUGAAUACAUUACAUUGCAUAUUGAAAAAUUAUUAUUUCAAACAAGAACGUAUGUUAAAUGCUGUACUUUGGCGGUUUAAUGUUACUGUACACAUAUAAUAUUUUAAAAAAAAUAAUCUUUUCAGCUUGAAUUUCUUGUUUACUUCGUGACAAUAUUUCGGUUUCAAUCACGAACGCAUCAUGGGUCAAGCUGGUCUUCUGUAGCUAAAGGUCGUUGACCUGUGACGUCAAAUAGAAUGUCAAAGUUGAACCUUUAGCCACAGAAGACCAGUUGGAAAUUUUUUUUUUUAUAAUUAUACAUUAUACUUGCCUAGAUGAAUAAUAGUAUUCACAAACGUUAUAUAAUGAGGUUAUCUGUGGUGCAGGUCAAUAGUAUUAUUAAAUCGUUUAAAGGUCUGUUAAAGUAAUACAUUAUACUAACGAUUGACUUCUAUGGGGU